UGCUCUCUGAGUUACGUCGAUGGAAUAACGCGACCAAGGCUUUGGAAAGGUUAUUUUUGUAUCUUAUGAUCAGCGGAACCGGAAGAGGAAUACGCAUGGAUUAGUGUUUACAACUCUCAUCAUCCUGGGUGCACCCGGCAUCCCCCCGCUGUCCAAAACAGACCCAUGCAAUUUGCAUGUGCAGGCUGGUGCUGGGUUUGGGACAUAACGUAUCUCUUUUUUUAACACAGGGUUGUUUUACUUUCUUAGUGGGUGACUAGGGGUUGUUAUUGCGGACUAGCUGUGCGAUAACUGCCGCAGCGUCGGGCCACCCACCAUCUGUGGAAGUGGGACAAGGGAACAGAUGGCGCAUCCAAGCCGGCCUGCAGGGCUGCCGACGCUGACGGUUAGGACAGCACUGGAGAUGAGUAUCAAUCAUUAAAAAUACAAGGCUGUCGUUGGCUGUUGCAGAGUGUGUUUUUGCAGACUUGGCGAUGCCAGAGUGACUUGGGAGAACAGCGUUUUUGUUUUUUUUUGACGGGAAGCAACGCAAGAUUGAUCAAAUUGAUGCGCGACGACUCUACCACUGGUAUAAACUUAAUCCCCUAUUUUGACGUGUCUCCGCCUCGGUGAACAAUGGUUGACAACCGCUACGCUACGGCUCUGGUCAUCGCCUGUGUGCUGAGCAUACUGGCCACCGUGUACCUGUCUGUGGCCAUCGGGACACAGCACUGGUACCAGUACAGCAGCCCCACCGUGCGCGGGGAGGCCAACGUGUCCGAGUUGCGCUCUCUGUAUGAGGAGUUCAUGGACGGGGAGUUUGACGAGAAAACCUACAGCGACACCCUGUUCCGCCUCAACGGGACCGUGGGCCUCUGGUGGCGGUGUGUGCUCGUCCCUGCCAACACUCACUGGUACAAAGAGCCAGAUGCCAAGAUGGUGCUGGAGUGUCGAAGCUUCACUCUACCUCAGCAGUUCACUCCCAAGUAUAAAGAGCCAGGAAACCACAACAGUGGAGAGGACAUGCUUCGCACCUACUUGUGGAGGUUCCAGUUUCUUCUGCCACUGGUAUCCCUGGGUUUAGUAGUGUUAGCAGGCCUGACUGGGUUCUGUGCCUGCCUCUGCCGAAGCCUCACCCCCACCCUUGGCAUAGGAGUACUUCAUCUGCUGGCUGGUCUCUGCACCUUAGCCACAGUGUGCUGCUACCUGGCCGGGAUGGACCUGCUUCACAGGGUGUCAAUGCUGCCUGAUAAGGUGGAUGGCUCCCUGGGCUGGUCCCUCUACUUGGCGCUCAUUUCCUCACCGCUCCACAUGAUGGCUGCCGCACUGCUGGUGUGGGCGGCACGCAGCCACAGUCAGAACUACUACCGCAUGACAGCCUACCGGGUGGCAUAGACUGAGAUUCAGCCCUGGAUCUCUGCCCUGUUUAAAUUCGUACCCCCAAUCUGACACCAAGAUGCAUUUUAUAAUGAUCUCAGAGGAAUGGGAUGUGGGUUAAUCUGUGCCCUCUGAUGGAUUAAAGUGCAUGUACUCUAUAGAAAUGACUAUCUGCUGCAUUAAAAGAUUUGAUCUUUAUCUCUCUAGGGGUUUUUGGAAAAGAUAAACGAUGCAUAUAGUACAACAUAUGUUUGGUUCAGAGUAACAUAACACCAAGCUGAAAAGCAUUAGCUGUGUCCCAGUUUCAUAUUACACAUGAAUAUGUGCAUUUAAUCUGGAAAAGUGGGUCAAUUAAAGGAUGAUUGCGGCACUCACCAAGUUUAUUGCUGAUAUGUAAGAAUGCAGCAGCUUGUUUGAGAAAGCAAGAAACAAGAGUCAACAGGUCAAGUCAUGUGAAAUCAACAUGUUCAGACAAGUUUUAGUCCACACUUUAGCCAAACUUAUUUGAAAUAACAGGCUGACGUUUACCAAUUUUACUUUCUUGCCCUGUGGGAUUUGAUUAUAGAAAUGUUGCUUUGUUCCUAAUGUUCCCAAUGUUCCCAAUGUUAUCAUAAUAGCGGAAGCACAACACGCACAUCACAUUUUAAAACAUUUUUAUCUGAUCAAGAUCUGACUGGACUCAAUCAAAAAGUAAAAAAUUGGAAAGCAAAAACAUGAAAAUAAUAGUUCAAAUGGUAGUUUCACUAUAAGCUUUGUUGUAUGUCACUGGGACACACGUUUAGGUUGAUAAACAACUCUGGAUGACAAUUUCAAAUCUAUUGCAUUUGUGGUCACAUCCAGCAGCACAUUUGGGUGUGGUGACAUUUGCCCUAGGUGCACGAACACCUGGCAGUAGUGUACAGGUAUACUGGACACACCCUAGGUAUGUUUCUAAGCACUGCAGCAACAAAAACCUUGUACAAAACAAUAUUUAUUUUGAGGAUGGCUAUUGUAUAAUAAGUCUUUUACUUCUGCUGCUCAAACAGUCUGGGAAUGCGGGCGUCAAUGAAGAGUACAGUGAGCAAAACACUGACGACUAUUGCGUAUCUGUUUCUGUUUUGUUUAAAUUCUGCCCAACCCUUUUUUUUAAAACAUCAAGUGACAUUUAUUUAUCCACGGCCAUUGUUAAGGUCAGACUGUGUUUGUUAAUAAUUUGUUUACCCAAUGCAUUGUUUUCUUUGCUCUUUUCAAGUAUAUUUUUAACAUUUUGACUGAUUUUGUAGGCUUUUGUAGAAAACAUUUUUCAACAUAGUAGUUUUUUCACCAUUUUGUGUUUUGUUUGCCCAUAUAAAUUGGUUCCCACAUCCUUUUGUGAAUUCAGCUGUGUUUGUUAUUAAUAAUUUAUAUUUGUUUAUUUAUUUUCUAUUAAUUUAUUAUCACCAUUUCAAUUCAACAGGAUUUACGGGAAAGAGUUUCCCUGUUAGGCAUUAUGAAUGUAAUUUAAAGGCCAUAUUGUGAUGAACUACAGUGUUCCUUUGCACUUAAAUUAUUAUUGAACAUAUCCUGAAUAUUUCUGUAGUGGUCAGUAGUGAAUUUCUAUUUUUUGAUUAUGUAAAUGUCUCAAAAAUAUAUACAUUACUUACAUUUAGAAAAAAAAAACAAUACAUUAUAACCCUAAAAGCCAUGCUAUGUGUGUCCAGAAAUAUAUAAAUCACCACCAGUCACACGGUUUCAUGAACUAAAGAAUGUCUGUGAAAUGAUGCACUGUGUGUGGUCUGAUAGGUCUUGUGAUAAAUCAGAUUGUAUUUUGCAUAUUUAGUCUUCUAAUUCAAGAAAUUGUUCUAUCCCUGAAUCCACUGUAGCGUAAAUAACAGCAAGUGUCACCGUAUGACUGCUUUUUGUGAAUCUACAAUGACUGUGUUGUUCAUCCUCCAGUUGUGAGCUGCAGCUGAAUUGUACACUUAAAUAUUGUGUGUAUGCAAACGUACACAUGCGUAUUCCAAACAACUGCUGUCAUUUCAAUAAAAGUGAAAUAUUUGUAAAAUUUA